CAAGAACGAGCGUGACGUCAUCGGUGCCUCGGCCCAAUCAGUGGAGCAGCUGCGGGUCUAGUCCCCGCCCAGCGGAGAAACCGCCAUCAUGAAAUCAAAAACAGGACGCUGACAGAAGAGUCGCUGUGUCCCGGUUCUUAGAAGGUCAGGACAGGUUGAUACUCGGCGCAGACAUGAGCGAGGAAGCGAUGGACAGCUCGGCCGUGUCGGAGGAGGAAGUGGACGAGCAGAAGCAGCAGGAGGAGACGUCGCAGGACAACCAGUCAAGUCCAAACAAAAGUCAAACAGAAACACCGGUUGCUGGUGAAAUCAUGGAGGGCAAACGGGCGAAAAAAAAGGUGGAGAGGCUUGACUUCCAGGCACCAAAGCAAAGAGAGAAGCUCAAGAUCGGAGAUGGUAGUGGAGAUAAGUUAGGAGACAUUCCUCGUACAAACUUCCAGAUCACCAAGAUGAAGCUGGCCGACCUGAAGCCUCUUCAUGCCAUCCUGUUCGACAGACCGGGAAAGAUGUCCAGCAUAAAGAAGAACCUGCGUCUGUUUAACGGCUUUCCCUUCGACGCCGACAGCGAGCAGUACAACAAGAAACGAGAAAAGCUCCUCAAAAAUUCACAUUUCACCAAUAUGAAGCUGAAAGAGGUCUGUGGUGUCCUGGACCUGGAGAAGAAAGGAACUCACUCUGAUCUGGUCGACAGGAUCCUGAAUUUCCUCAUCGAACCCAAAAACAGCGGGAAGCGCCUCCCUGUGAAGAAGAAGAGGAAAUCCAAGAAGAACCUGACGGGCGACGACUCGAAGGCAAAGACCCAGAAGAAGAGCAAGUCCAAACCCAGGAGCUCGUCGUCGUCCAGCCCCAAGAAGUCCAAAGCAGGAAGCAAGUCCAAGGCCAUCGUCAUGGACUCGAGCAGCGACGACGAUGAGGAAGACGAGAAGGCUGGCGCGUCUGCUGAGGCCGGGGGGUCGGAUGCCGAGGUGGAGGGGUCGGACGCCGAGGCCGGGGGGUCGGACGCCGAGGGGUCGGACGCUGAGGGGUCGGACGCCGAGGCAGAGGAGAAGCAGUCAGAGAACGAGGAGGAGCGGUCGGAGAAAGAGGAGGAGCGGUCGGAGAAGGACUCUAAGGAGUCUACAGACGAGGAUGAAGACGAAGAGUUUGCCAAACCGAAGUCGGCCAGAGGGAAGAAAUCUGCUCCUGUGAAAAGACAACGGACGUCGUCGAAGAAGGCGGCUCCUCCGAGAAAGAGAGCGAAGAAGGACGUGUCGGACGAGUCUGACGUGGACAGUGAAGCUGACGAGAAGCCCAAGAAGAAGAAAUCUACACCAGCCAAACCUGCGGCUAAAACGAAGAAGGCCGACAGCAGCAGCAACAGCAAAAAGAAGUCAAACACAGCAGCGGACGAUAGUUCAGACGAUGACGAGCCGCUCAUCAAGAGGAUCAAUAAGUCGCCGAGCAACGAGCAGCUGAAGGAGACGGUGCAGAGUCUGCUGAAGGAGGCCGACCUGGAGGAGAUGACCAUGAAGCAGAUCUGCCAGAGGGUGUUUGACACUUUCCCUGACCACGACAUGACCAGCAAGAAAGAUUUCAUCAAACAGACAGUCAAAUCUCUCAUCACAUGAAGAUCAGAAGAACGAAGCGACUGAAACUUCGCAAGGAAAAAAAGCUUCUUUUCUUUAGUUGAACUUGUUUGCAUAUUGUUUCCUGUUAUUUUUAUUAUGAGACGUUUGUAGGUUUUCAGACUAACUCCAGUGUUCAUCGUCUCAAGUUUCAGUAAAAUAAAACAAUCUGAAGAACGAGGUCCCUGAAACGCCGACAAUUUAAAACAUGUUGUUUUUUUUCUGUUUUAAAUGUUUGUAAAGUUCGUUUAUUCUCAGACUCAAAUGUUCUUGUAAAUAAAUAAUCUUUUUUUUUUGGCUCAUUCCCGUAUUAAAAUUUGUAAAUCUGAUUCUUUUUAACUUCUUGUUGAUUGUGAAGAAAAACAGUGGCUUUGUUUUGUUUUCUGUCUCAAACAUGGAUCUACACGUUAACUGCAGAGAAUUUUACAUUUAGAUUUAAAAAAAAAUGUGACCUUGUUAAGCUGAAAUUUUCUUACAGCAGUUUGAGCUCUGUGUUAAAAACAUGUUUUUAGUUGUGAUUUAUAUCAUGGUUUUCUUUUUGAUUAUGACACAUUUUUCUAUUAAAAAGACAAUUUAAAUGAA